AUGGCUUCGGAGCUGAUCUUCCGAGGCGGGCACGAAUCCCCUCUCAAAUCCGAUGAGUACGAUUCACCCAAGCCACAAAAGCCAUGGCUCACCGUGACCCGUCCGAUUCACUACCUCCUCCGCGAGCAACGCCUUGUAUUCCUCAUUGUCGGCAUUGUCAUCGCCACCCUCAUUUUCUCUCUCCUCCCCUCCUCCACCGUUACCACCACCCCCUCAUUGAACUACAACAUGCACGAUUCAAUCGGCGGGGAAUCGUUCCUCACCGCUGAGUCAACUCGGUUAAUGCCGACACACCGAGUCACCGACGGGUUUAGAUCUGGGAAGGUCCCAUUGGGGCUGAAACGUAAAGGGCUGCGGAUUGUCGUCACCGGUGGGGCCGGGUUCGUAGGAUCGCAUCUCGUGGACCGUCUGAUUGCCAGAGGCGAUAGCGUGAUCGUAGUGGAUAAUUUCUUCACUGGAAGGAAAGAAAAUGUGAUGCACCAUUUCGGAAACCCUAGGUUUGAAUUGAUCCGACACGACGUCGUUGAACCGCUGUUGUUGGAGGUUGAUCAGAUCUAUCAUUUGGCUUGCCCUGCUUCCCCUGUUCAUUACAAGCACAACCCCGUCAAAACUAUCAAGACAAAUGUGGUAGGAACGUUGAACAUGCUAGGAUUGGCAAAGAGAAUAGGUGCAAGAUUCCUGUUAACAAGCACAAGUGAAGUUUAUGGUGAUCCAUUAGAACAUCCUCAAAAGGAGACCUACUGGGGCAACGUUAAUCCCAUUGGUGUUCGUAGUUGUUAUGAUGAGGGAAAGCGUACGGCGGAAACAUUGGCCAUGGACUACCAUCGAGGAGCUGGUGUUGAGGUGAGAAUUGCUAGGAUUUUCAACACCUAUGGGCCUCGGAUGUGCAUUGAUGAUGGCCGUGUCGUUAGUAACUUUGUUGCACAGGCCUUGAGGAAGGAACCCAUGACUGUUUAUGGUGACGGAAAGCAAACAAGGAGUUUCCAGUUUGUUUCUGACUUGGUUGAGGGUCUAAUGCGCCUAAUGGAGGGUGAACAUGUUGGUCCUUUCAAUCUAGGAAAUCCCGGUGAAUUCACAAUGCUUGAACUUGCCAAGGUGGUUCAAGAAACAAUAGAUCCAAAUGCAAAGAUAGAAUUCAGGCCUAACACAGAGGAUGAUCCUCACAAGAGGAAACCAGAUAACUCAAAGGCUAAAGAGUUGCUAGGAUGGGAGCCUAAGAUAGCACUUCGUAAAGGUCUGCCAAUGAUGGUUUCAGACUUCAGGCAGCGUAUCUUCGGUGACCAGAAGGGAGGAGACACCACCGCAUUUUAAGAUAAAAGUAGCAAUUUCCGGCACAUAAAACGAUUUCUGCUCCGAACUCCAUAGCCGUUACUCUAAUGUUAUAUCCCAUCACAAAGCCUCAAAGUGGUUGCAGAUUUGGCCUCCAAUUGGUUCCCUUCUCUAGAUUAUAGAUGAUAUGUAGAGUUAUAGCCUUCAGCAUUUAUAUUUCAUAAUGUCCUAUUUUUGUUCGUUCUUGCUCAUAUUCAUGUAGACGUUGCAUUAAUACUAAAAAUUAUUUCUCA